GUCUCCACGCCAUUCGACUUCAUGUACCGCCGAAACUAUAACCAAUCACCGCUCAAAGGCUCACGCCCUUGCAGAUUAACAGUCACAGUGAAUCUCGAGCAGCGACCGAAAAAAAAGAUGCCCAGCAAUUGAACCUUCAACCAUUACCUACAAACCAUGGCCAUUCCCACUCCCCAUCGAUCACCUCGUACGGCCUAUCUCGAAGAAAAAUAUAAGCGACGAGUGGUGGCAGCAACGCAACCGAAGCUUCGAUCUCGCCAAUUACAGCUUGCUUCAUGGGCCAUUUCUUUGUCUAUUACUGGUUAUGUUGUCCUUUUCGCUGAUUUUGGUCCGCAGGAACAUUGCUUUUCCUCGUUACGUCGUUGGUUCGAUGGUAAACGACGGCAAUUCUGGAGCCUCAGUGCACAGGAGCAACAAGAUCUUAAAGAUCAGGGAAGAUUAACCGAGCUUCAGAAUGCGUCAGCUAGUACGCAACGCACCUAAACCUUUUGUUUCCACAUUGGAUUCGGUCAUCAUAGCCAAGACACCCUUUUCGCCUUUUUUUUCAUUUCAAGUAACCACCUCAUCUUCAUUAUCUUCGCGGAUAAAAUUUAUCGCAUAGUUCUUCGAUUCGCAUUUCUUAGAUUGUUCACGAUAUUUUACACUGUUGAAUAGACGCAAUACUAUUAUCAUUUUCUUGUAUAAAGAAUAUCAUUGGGAAGACAACCGU